AUGUUUUCGGGACGGUGUCUGAGGACGCCAUGUUAUGUAUGUCCUCUGACGACUCUGUGUCUUCUUGCAUCUCUACCGUUGCUCGGUGCUCAACAAUUGUUUACGGAAUCUGGCUCGAAAAUAUUGGAGUUAUCCGACACGGAAUUCCACCGAUUUGUGGCAACCGGUUGCAGUAAGCUGGUUCUCUUGUACGCACAUUGGUGCGGUCAUUGUGUCCAGUUUUCUCCCAAAUAUAAGGCUCUCGCAGAGGCCCUUGGGAACGAUGCCUUCGAUGAGGAAGGGCAGUCGAGGUUAGCUGCUGUUGACUGCCCGACCUAUCCGGCUCUGUGUCGAUCUUUGCAUGUGCAGGGGUUUCCGACCUUGAAACACUUCAAGAACGGUACUGAAGUAUCAACCUAUGAUCUUGCGGAAGAUCUUGAGGGCUUCGCUCGCGGGAGUCUUGGCCUGUCUCCUGUGGUUGCGGUUCCCACUGAUCAGUCUGCCUAUCAGACCAAGUCGCCUUUACCCGAAGUUGACGAGUAUAACUCAGUCGUGAUGAUGAUGCACGGUGAGAGUAUCUUCUCGAGGGAAGCCGGAGUCACUGCUGCGAUGAGGCUCUUUGAUGGCCGGCUUGCAUUUGCUAAUCUCUUGGAGACUGUGGUUCCGUUAAGUGGCAAAGGAACACUUUUUAGUGAGAAAAUACGAGUAUUGAGAGAAGAAAUUUUGCCGGUGGUCACGGCUUCAUAUCCUGACCCAGCCUUUCGGCGAGUGAGUAAACGCAUGCUUGACCUCAUUAACACGUCGGCUGAUGUUGACGAAGGAAUUUGGCGUAGUGCACUUGACUUGCUCUUCUCGAAGGAUUUACGAUUGUACCCGGACAAGCACUGGAAACACUGCAGGAAUCUCAACUGUGGCCUUUGGCAGUUCCUGCAUGGUCUGACGCUGGGUGAUUACGGAGCCGAUCAAAGUGGUGGUGGAUUUAUGGCAACAGUUAGUGGUGGUAGAACGAACAGUGCUGUUAUGGCCUGUAUUAGAGCCAUCGUCGCUGAGUUCUUCCAAUGUGACCGCUGUCGAAAGCACUUCAUUGAGGGCUAUGACAAGUGUGUUGCUGGAAGGUGUGAUAUGGUCAACCCUGAUAGAAAGCAUACCGCGUUGUGGCUCUGGCGUUUCCAUAAUAUGGUCAAUGAUAGGACUUCACGAGAGAAGGGCAUCACAGGGAAGGACACGACGUGGCCUACUAAGGAUGAAUGCCCACAGUGCAGAACUGUCGGGGCUUUUGAUGAAAAUCAGGUGUACAUUUUUCUGAGGGAAUCUUACUUCGUCGGUGGCUCAGAACAGCAGGAAACUGCUGGAAACUUGCAGAGCAAUUACGUCGAGGUGAGCUCCUACCGUAGACGUUCGAAUGACUUACUCUAUUCGGACUUGUUUGGGGAGUAA